GCCUUGUUCUUUACCUUUUUUCCUUUCUGUGUCUGCUGACGCCGCCCCGCUCUCGUCAGCCUACGGCCCGCUGUCUCGUUGAGACCGAGCAUCAUGCCUUCGAUUAAGUUGCAGAGUUCUGAUGGAGAGAUAUUUGAAGUUGAUGUUGAAAUUGCCAAACAAUCUGUGACUAUCAAGACCAUGUUGGAAGAUUUGGGAAUGGAUGAUGAAGGCGAUGAUGACCCAGUUCCUCUACCGAAUGUUAAUGCAGCGAUAUUAAAAAAGGUCAUUCAGUGGUGCACCCACCACAAGGAUGACCCUCCACCUCCUGAGGAUGAUGAGAACAAAGAAAAGCGAACAGAUGAUAUCCCUGUUUGGGACCAAGAAUUCCUGAAAGUUGACCAAGGAACACUUUUUGAGCUUAUUCUGGCUGCAAACUACUUAGACAUCAAGGGUUUGCUUGAUGUUAUAUGCAAGACUGUUGCCAAUAUGAUCAAGGGGAAAACUCCUGAGGAGAUUCGCAAGACCUUCAAUAUAAAAAAUGACUUCACUGAAGAAGAGGAAGCCCAGGUACGCAAAGAGAACCAGUGGUGUGAAGAGAAGUGAAAAGUUGUGCCUGACACUGUAACACUGUAAGGAUUGUUCCAAAUACUAGUUGCACUGCUCUGUUUAUAAUUGUUAAUAUUAGAUAAACAGUAGACAAAUGCAGCAGCAAAUCAAUUGUAUUAGCAGAAUGUUGUCCUCAUUGCAUGUGUAGUUUGGGUACAGAUUCCAAACCUAUGGCUGAGUUUCUUCCAGUAUGAUCAAAAGUUUCUUUUUCCUUUGCUCUGAAUAAAACUGAACUGUGGGUUCG